AUGGAGCCCGGCGACCCUUCCGACCUCGCCGCCCAGGAAGCCGCCGCCCGGGAUUACCAGCCACAGCUCCAGGGCCCAUUAGUCGGCGACAAGAUCACCAGCGACGCCAUCACCGACGAGUACGCAAAGGCCGACGAUGUCUACGUCGCAAAGACCAUCGCUCUUCCUCAGACGUAUUCUCACUACCGACCCAUCCAAGGCGACGGAAACUGCGGCUGGCGAGCCGUCGGGUUCUCCUACUUUGAGCAUCUCGCCAACAAUGGCGAUCAGGAUCAGAUCCUUGGCGAAAUCGCCCGCAUCACGAGCUUGAACCAGUACCUUCUCAACAUCGGCGGCUACGAUCGGAUGCUCUUCGAGGAUAUGGUGGACGAGACCAUUGCUCUGCUGAGAGACCUGGCAAACAGCAUUACGAACCCGCAAUUGGCCCAGCAGAUCGUCCUCCAGCGCUUCAACGACCAGGACGCCUCCAAUGCCAUCAUCUAUCACCUGCGGCUCCUGGCCAGCUCCUGGCUGAAGGGCAACCCCGACGAUUACGCCCCCUUCAUUCCUGGCGAGACGGGUAUCGCCGGCUACUGUGCCGAACUCGAGCGUCCCAACAGAGAGAUUGAGCAUCUCGGCCUCCAACUGCUCGUCCAGGUCCUCCUCAAGCCUGUCAACAUGGUUCUCGAGAUUGCUUACCUCGAUCGGAGUGCCGGGAGUCAGGUCAACAGCUAUCGCAUGCCCAGUGAGACCAUGGGCCAGGAUCCCGCCAACCUGGGCCCAAUCAUCUACCUCCUGUACCGACCCGACCACUACGACAUUCUGUACAAGUCUCCCCCGAACCCUGCACCCUUGAACCUGCAGGUCAACCGCGCGACCUGCUUUUCUCACCGACAAGAAAUCAUGCCCGUCGCUCCCUCUCUGCACACCUUUGCCAACAUGGACUACAGCCCCUUGGCAAUGCUGCCCGGCUUUGGCGGCCCGCCAUCCGGCCUGUCCUCGGGCCUGUCAUCGCUGGGCUCGCCAACGUCUACCUCACCAAUGCCAGAUGCCUACGAUGCUACGCCGCAGUCCCCAUGGAUGACCACCCCCUACUCUGACCACAUUCCGCAACAGCAGCAGCCCGUACCCACCCCUCGCCCUCAGCCUCAAUCCACGCCGCAGCCUCAGCAGUCAACCUCCACAUCCGGCAAGUCGUCACAGCCCGUGGAUUAUCAGCUGAGGUUUAGCCACCAGUGCUGGCAUCUCAGCGGUUCUAGCUCCGCUCAGCCGUCCAUGUUGUCUUCUCAGCCCAGUUUCCCAGAACCCAGCUUCACCACGGCCAUGUUCAAGAAUAGCCAUUUCAACAAGGCCCACUAUCAAAAUCCCCAUUUUCAUCCAGAGGAGUGGACACCCGAUGAUGAGGCACACGAGAGACUGCCUCCUGCCAAGAAGAAGGGACGGAUCAAGUCGGAGCACUGA